AUGAGCAAUAACCCUAUGAUGUAAUUUAGAGACAUCGCUCUCUAAAAAAUUACUCAAGGUAUUAACAUCUUUAAUACCAAGAAGGAUAACAUUAAUGAAAGAGAUUAAGGUUAUAGGUUGAUGGUUUCUGGUCUUGAAGACUUAAUCAAGUAUAGAAAGCAAGAAACAAAUGUUGAUAUUUAAAAUAUUUUAAAGCCAAAGAUAGAUGAAUAUUUAAAGCAAGCAGCUGCCAUGAAAGCUGAAAUUUCUGCCUAAUAACAGAACAUUAAUCAAUAGAUUCAAAAGCAAUCUUAAUUUAGCUAUCAAGCAAACAAUUAAAAUUUGAAUAAUAUUAACACUAAUAUGAAUAAUAAUAAUAAUCAAAAUUAAUAUAAGCCUCCAGUUAACAACAACAACAACAACAAUAAUAGCAAUAACACCAAUAACAAUAAUGGUGGAAAUAACUAAAACAAUAACUAAGGAAAAAGUUAAAUCAAGGAAGGUGAUAAAGAUAAUGCUAAGUUUGAACAAGCAUUAGGUGAAGCAAUUGUUACUGAAAAGCCAAAUGUUCACUGGUCUGAUGUUGCUGGUUUAGAAAAUGCUAAGAAAGCACUUAAUGAAGCAGUUAUCCUACCCAUCAGAUUCCCUCAUAUAUUCUAAGGUAUGAUCAAGCCUUGGAGAGGUAUUUUGUUAUAUGGACCUCCAGGUACUGGUAAAACAUUCUUGGCUAAGGCUUGUGCAACAGAAUGUGAUGCUACCUUCUUCUCUAUUUCCUCCUCUGAUUUAAUUUCUAAGUGGGUUGGUGAAUCUGAAAAGUUAAUUAAGACUUUGUUUAAAAUGGCCAGAGAGAAAAAACCUUCUAUUAUAUUUAUUGACGAAAUAGAUUCAAUGACUGGAAAUAGAUCUGAAGGUGAGAAUGAAGCAUCCAGAAGAGUCAAAACUGAAUUUUUAGUUUAAAUGCAAGGUGUUGGCAAUGAUGACACUGGUGUUCUUGUCCUUGGUGCUACAAACGUUCCUUGGGGUUUAGAUCCUGCUAUUAGAAGAAGAUUUGAAAAAAGAAUUAUGAUUCCUUUACCAGAAAAGGAAGCUAGAUUCUAAUUGAUUGACAAUCUCUUGAAUAAAACUCCCAACUGCAUUACAUAAGAAGAAAGAUUAUACAUUGCAGAAAGAACUGAAGGUUUUUCAGGUUCUGAUAUAUCUAUUUUAGUUAGAGAAGCUUCAUAUGAGCCUCUGAGAAUAGCAUAAAGAGCCACUAAAUUCAAAAAGAUUUAAGACAAAGAUGGCUAACCUAAGUAUGUUGCUUGUGCUCCUAGUGAUCCCUAAGGUGAAUCAAAAGUAUUAAUGGAUAUAUAAGGUAGUAUGUUAAAAUUGUAAGAUGUCAGUAUAGAUCACUUCGAAUUAGCCUUGUAAUCUUGUAAACCCUCAGUCUCUGAAAAAGAUAUAGAGAGACAAAUUGAAUUCACUAAAGAAUUCGGCCAAGAUGGUUGA